UCGCAGAUUCGAUCAAUCCCUCCUUUCCCUUCGCUUCCAAGGAAUUCUCGAGCCAUCGGAUCUCGCCCCCCGCCGCCCGCCGCCGUCGCCGCCGUCGCGCCGGAUACGUCGAUCGUCCUUCCUCCUCGUCCUCCUCCGCCGCGGCCUUGCUCCGGGGGGGUCUUGGUGGGUGAAUCCGCCAUCCGCGAAAGCUACGGCGGUUGCCGUGGGGUUAUCUGGCGUGUGCGUUUCGCAGCCAUGGACGCUCGCGUGAAGCAAGAGGCCGCCGUGUCGUCGUCGCGGAAGGACAUUGUCCCGGACGAGCGGCCCGUGUCCUUCAUCGACCUCAGCGACAGCAGCGGCAGCAGCAGCGAGUCCGACGGCGACGACGAGGGCCCUUCCAAGAAGAGGAAGCUGGGGGUCGUCAUCCCCGAGGGCUUCCUCCAGCCUCUCCCCCCGCUGGGGCAGUUGCCGGCGCCGGCGCCCGAGUCGGCGUCGCCGGCGGCGGCGGCGUUGCGGCAGCUCUCGCAGGCCGGGGCCACUAAGCAGUUCUGGAAGGCCGGGGAUUACGAGGGCUGUCCUGGUGGCGGUUGGGAUUCCUACUCAGGGGGCUUUGAUCAUGUCAGGGUUCAUCCGAAGUUUCUACAUUCUAAUGCAACCAGUCACAAGUGGGCUCUAGGAGCUUUAGCAGAGCUUUUGGAUAACGCAUUGGAUGAGGUUCCUAGCGGGGCAACAUUUGUUAAGAUAGACAUGCUAAAAAAUAAGAAAGAUGGGAAUAGAAUGUUGCUGAUUGAAGAUAAUGGUGGUGGCAUGGAUCCAGAUAAAAUGCGGCAGUGCAUGUCUUUGGGGUAUUCUGCUAAAAGCAAACUGGCAAAUACAAUCGGACAAUAUGGCAAUGGAUUUAAAACGAGCACCAUGAGGCUUGGGGCAGAUGUGAUAGUGUUCUCAAGAUGUCGUGGAAAAGAUGGGAAAAGUUUUACACAGAGCAUUGGGAUGCUUUCAUAUACGUUUUUGAGGAGCACGGGGAAGGAAGAUAUUGUAGUACCCAUGCUUGAUUAUGACAGACGCGAAGGCAGUUGGAACCAGUUGAUAAGGUCUUCAUUUGGCGAUUGGAAGAGAAAUCUCGAAACAAUAAUACAGUGGUCUCCCUUUUCUGCUGAGGAGGAUCUGUUUCAGCAGUUUGGUCUGAUGGGAGAUCAUGGUACACGUAUAAUUAUCUACAAUCUUUGGGAAGAUGAUCAAGGAUUUCUAGAGCUUGACUUCGAUGCAGAUCCACACGAUAUUCAACUUAGAGGGGUCAACAGAGAUGAGAAGAACAUACAAAUGGCAAAAAAGUUUCCCAAUUCUAGGCAUUUCCUGACUUAUAGGCACUCCUUAAGGAGUUAUGCUUCUAUUCUCUAUCUGAGGAUUCCCCCCAGGUUCCGGAUGAUUCUUCGAGGGAAAGAUAUUGAGCAUCAUAAUAUUGUAAAUGAUAUGAUGCUAUCUCAAGAAGUUACUUAUCGACCACAACCUGGUGCAGAUGGAGUUUAUAAAGACACUAUGACUGCUGUCGUUACAAUUGGGUUCGUGAAGGAUGCAAAGCAUCAUAUCGAUGUCCAAGGAUUCAAUGUAUAUCACAAGAAUCGCCUGAUUAAGCCAUUUUGGAGGCUUUGGAAUCCUGCUGGAUGUGGUGGUCGUGGAGUGAUAGGUGUUUUGGAAGCUAAUUUUGUUGAACCAGCUCAUGAUAAGCAAGGGUUUGAGCGAACAACAGUGCUCGCAAGACUCGAGGCACGGCUGAUUCAAAUGCAGAAGAACUAUUGGAACACAAACUCUCAAAGAAUUGGCUAUGCUUCAUUAGGCAAUAAGAAACUCCCUAUUGAGUCUGCAGGAGGAGAUGAUUCUCCUGAUUAUGAGCCGCGAACAUCUUUAAGAUCAGGAAGGCAUACUGUGUCAAGCAGUAAGCCGACCAUACGAAGUUCAGACAAAUUCUCUUCACGCUCUAAUGAUGGAAAGCAUACCUCCUCUGGAGGCACAACGAGGAUGGGCACCCGUUCUGAAACAGGAAGAACUUUGAAUUUGAGAGAAUCAUCUUCACCCCCUUCUACAGAGGCUGUCAAUGGCGAUGACGUGUCACUUCACCAACCUGAUUCAAAUGGUGGUGAUCACAAAUCUUCUGUAAUGGGGGUCCAGAUUUCUUCAUCGCUUGCAUGCUUGGGUGAGGACUCCGACCUUAAUUAUGAUUCAGGGGGAAAAACUGAUGGUCUGAGCACGGCAACUCCUCUGCAGGUAGUAGAUGUAGAACAAUUAAGAGAAGAGAAUCGUCAGUUAAGGGAAAGAUUGGCACAGCAGGACGGAGAAAUUUUGAGUAAGUUGCAGAGUGAUUUGAAAACUGAGAGAGAGAGGUGCAGAACUCUCGAAAGUCAGCUCCAAGAAGCCCAAAGUAAAAUAGACCAAUUGAACAGGGAGCAAGAAACUUUAAUUGAUAUUUUUCAAGAGGAAAGGGAACGAAGAGAUGCUGUCGAGCGGAACCUGAGGGAGAAGCAGAAGGAUGCUUCUACUACCAUCCAAGAUUUGCUGGACAAGGUGAAGCUACUGGAACAGAUGAAAUCUCCCAAUGGAAAAUCAAAAUCUUAGGCAUCGGACGUGGGUGGCUAACUGCUUCAUUCUUAGAAGAUUGUAAACUCUGAUCUACUGUACUCGUCUGUAAUUAUGGUCAGAUUCUGCUAACCCUCUGAUUCUAGAGCCGUUUAGUGUAGGAAGAAGUAGUCCAUUUAGGGUGGGGGAUUUAUGGUCUGAUGAUGUGCUCAAGCCAGGAUGUGCUGACGCGAUUCUGCUUAAUCUCAGAGUUGGCCCCCCAUUUUUUUGGUCGAGUCAGCGCAGUCUUGCCAGCUGUAUGGAAUGGUGUAGUUACAAUAUAAACAUUAGAGGUUUUUGUCACAUUCAAUUAUUUCUUCGUGAA